AUGAGGUCAGGGAGGACCUUACUCUCUCCAGGCCGCGUGUUCCCGGUGCUAUUCCUCGCGGGGCUCCUGGCUGAUGCUCUUGGCGAGGAUUUAAUUUUUCACCCUGAGUGGGGAUUUGAGUCCUAUGAAAUCAUCAUUCCCAAGCAGCUGAGCUUCCGGGAGGGGCAGCAGGGCUCAGUCAAGCAAAUGUCCUACCUCCUGCAGGUUAAAGGCAAGAAGUACGUCCUCCACUUGCGGCCCAGAAGGCUUCUAUUGCCCCGAAAUCUGAAGGUUCUCUCCUUCACAGAACAGGGGAAACUCCUGGAGGAUCACCCUUACGUGCCCAGGGAUUGCUACUAUAUAGGCUUGGUUGAAGGAACUCAGGAUUCCGAAGCGACUUUCAGUACAUGCACUGGGGGUCUCCGGGGCAUACUGAAAAUUUAUGAUGAACAUUACCAAAUCGAGCCCCUCAAAGCCUCUUCCAGUUUUGAACAUGUGAUGUAUCUCCUGAAGAAAGAGGACAGAUUUCAGAAUCAGUCCUGUGGCUUAACUAAUGACAAACUAGAGAAACAGAUGGCCCGAGGUGAGGAUGUGGCUAGGCUUAGGGACUUGGCUGAAUCCUAUUCACAUCAGAGGUACGUGGAAACAGUCAUGGUCUUUGAUCACAGUAGAUAUAUCUUCUUGAAGUCCAAUGCUACUAAAAUCAUACAUGAUGCCGUUCUUUUGGCUGGGAUUUUGGAUGCCUUCUUUACGGAAAUCAAUGUGAGGGUACAUCUAAAAGGUAUUGAAAUAUGGACAAGUGGAGACAGGAUAAAUAUUCGCCAAAUGAACACAAGCAAAAUUCUAGAAGCAUUUUUGAAAUAUCUUAGAACACACCUCUCUCCUCAAAUUCCAGCAGAUUGGACACAUUUGUAUGUUACAACUGCCUUUAUUCAUUGUCUUGGAUGGGCCUAUGUCGGAGGUGCAUGUUCACAGAACUUUAGUGGAUCAGUCAGUAGUUUUACAAGUCUAAAUAUCCUUGAAGCCAGCCGAUGGUCUGCUCACGAACUGGGCCAUGGUAUUGGAAUGCAACAUGACACAAAAGACUGUUGUUGCAAGGGUAAGAGAACUUGUAUCAUGGGCACUGGGAUUGAUGGGUUUAGUAAUUGUAGUUAUAUCAAUUAUCAUAGUUACAUACAUUCAAACGGAGACUGUCUAAAUGAUAUCCCAGGACUGGGUUAUGUGAUUAGCAGAUGUGGGAACAGAAUUGUGGAAGAGGGUGAAGAAUGUGAUUGUGGUUCAGUAGAGGACUGCAGAAGUGAUAGGUGUUGCAAAUCGGAUUGUAAACUCAUGCCUGGUACCAGCUGUAGCACCGGACUUUGCUGUCAUAACUGUCAAUUUCGUCCACUUGGGCACACGUGUCGGAAGGAAGAAAAUGAAUGUGACCUUCCAGAGUACUGCGUUGGAAACUCCGCUUUCUGCCCAGAAGACACGUAUAAACAGGACGGAACCCCUUGCAAGCAUGAUUCCUAUUGUUACAGAAAAGGUUGCCAUUCCAGAUAUAGGCAGUGCCAAAGCAUUUUUGGACCUGGUGCCAGGGAGGCCCCCAGUCAGUGCUAUGAAGCAGUUAACAUAAUGGGUGACCAAUAUGGGAACUGUGGGAUUGUGGGAGUCCAUGCCUAUAAAACAUGUACCGCGCAAAAUGCAGUAUGCGGCAGGCUACAGUGUAUAAACGUCCACACCAUCCCUGAUCUGCCAGAUCAUACUACCAUCAUCUCUACUUAUCUGCGAGAUGAAAACCUCAUUUGCUGGGGGACAGGCUACCAUAAAUCCAUGAUACCCAUGGGCAUACCUGACAUAGGUGUAGUAAAUGAUGGUACCCCCUGCGGUGUGGACCGGGUGUGUAUUAACGGUACUUGUAUGCCUAGCUCAGUCCUUGAGUUUGACUGUGAGCCUAAGAAGUGCAACCACCGAGGCAUUUGCAACAAUAAAAAAAACUGCCACUGCAUUUAUGGCUGGGCGCCUCCCUACUGUGAGGAGACAGGGUAUGGAGGAAGCAUGAACAGUGGACCAGCGAGAAUCCUGACAGAAGAGGUGCCUGCCUCAGUUCAGAUUGUGUCCAUUAUGUUAAUACGCCUUCUCUUCUUAGCCCUCUCCGUGAUCAUUGUGCUUUUCAGGAGAUUGAUAGGAGAACAAUUAAUCCCCAAACAGGGAGAAAUAGCACCAGCUACCGCUAGAGCUCAAUAAUCCAAGGCAAAAAGUGUCAAGAACUCAAACAAGUAAUCGGGCAGUCCACAGUCAUUUAACAACACAGAGCCAUACGCUGAACAAACAUUCAUUUAGCCAAACAGCACUUUGUUCUUCUUCCAGUCCCUUUUUUACAUAAUGUUCCUUCAAGUUUGGAUCAGCAAA